AUGUCUUCGAUUACCAAACAACAGUUGCAACAGGCGAGUACUGACGACCUGGCCAGAAUAGUUGCCGAGGCUGCCGAGAUCCUCGCCGAAAGACUCGUCACUGCGGAAGAAGACCCUCUCAGAAAGAAGCAAAAGGCAAGCAAAUCUGCGAAACCCGAAAAGACUGGAGAACGUCACAGUCGUCACCAUCGCCGCCAUAGAUCUCACCCUGGUCCACCGCCUGGUCCACCCCAUGGCCCACCUCCUGGGCGACCCCACGGACUUCAUCAUGGGCCACCCCACGGCAUGUUCCACGGACCACCCCAUGGGUUCUCGCAUGGCUACUGCGGCAACGGGUUUGGCGGGUUUGAGGGAUUUAGUGGGCCUCCACCUCCAGCACCACCUGGGGGCUUCGGACAUCCUUUCGUGCACGGACCUCCCUUUGAUGGCCGAGGUCCACCCCCUCCACCUGGUCCCUUCGGCCCACAUGGCUUCCACGAAUACCCAAGAGACAGAUUCGCGGACUUCCCUGGCUCUAGGGGUCCAUUUCCACACGGUGGAGGAUUUGGAGGAUAUGGCUCACCCUUCCAUGGACGAGCUUGGGGUAAACAUCACGGAUUCUACGGGUCUGAAAGAAAAUUUUCGCCCGGGUCAGAGUGCGAGUCUUCUGACAGCGAGUCAGAGCCAGAAACUGCCUCAUCCACGGAGUCUUUGGGUGAAAAGGAUGCCUGA